CUGCAGAAGCCCGCUGGAGCGUAGCCCGUCACGCGCCGUACAGGCACACAACUCAGCAACCAGGUAGAGAGGAAUCGGUGCAUUCACAUCGUCACAUCUUACUUGUUGAUCCGUACCGCAAGGGAAGAGCAGGACACUGGUUCGACUUGAGAUUUUACAGCACGUGUAACCCCAUUUUAAACAUGUCUGUUGCGGGGGUGAUGUCUCUCAAAACAGCCUCCAAUAGGCAGGCGGUGAGCGGAGCAACAAUUCAGCACAAUGCUUUUUUAAGAUGUUGAAAUGUUUCUUCUUACACUCUCAGGCUAAAAGUAACAUAUCCACAGUAAUGGGGGAGAACAUACCCUAAUGUAGGAUCGUGUCUUCUGGACCUGUCUGACCCUAUAGUUUUGGACGUUAUUCAAUUUCAAGUGGCCGAACGUCUUGAAUGAGAAUGAAUAAAGGGGGCCCUCGGUCGACCACAUCGCUUCCACCGGAGCCGGUGGAAAUCAUCCGUAGCAAGUCGCACUCCCGUCGGGUGACACUCAAUGUUGGUGGUCUUCUCCACGAAGUUCUAUGGAGAACGCUGGACAGGUUGCCCCGAACAAGGCUGGGCAAGCUACGAGACUGUAACACCCACGAGUCUCUCAUGGAGAUAUGCGAUGACUACAGUUUGGAUGCUAAUGAGUAUUUUUUCGACAGACACCCUGGGGCUUUCACGUCCAUUCUGAAUUUCUCCCGCACGGGAAAGUUGCACAUGAUGGAGGAGAUGUGUGCUCUGUCUUUCAGUCAGGAGCUGGACUACUGGGGUAUAGAUGAGAUCUACCUGGAGUCCUGCUGCCAGGCCAGGUACCACCAGAAGAAGGAACAGAUGAAUGAGGAGCUCAAACGAGAGGCCGAGUCUAUGAAGACCAGGGAAGGCGAGGAUUUUGAUACCACAUGUUGUUUUGAGAAGCAAAAGAAACUUUGGGAUCUCCUGGAGAAGCCUAGUUCAUCGUUAGCUGCUAAGGUCCUGGCCAUCAUCUCCAUCCUCUUUAUCGUGCUGUCAACUAUUGCCUUGUCUCUGAACACCCUCCCGGAGCUGCAGGACAUAGACGAGUUUGGCCAGGUGACAGACAACCCUCAGCUGGCUCACGUGGAGGCGGUGUGCAUCGCCUGGUUCACAAUGGAGUAUUUGCUCCGCUUCAUCUCCUCGCCAAGCAAGUGGAAGUUCUUCAAGGGUCCGCUGAACAUCAUUGACCUGCUGGCCAUCCUGCCCUACUACGUCACCAUCUUCCUGACUGAGUCCAAUAAGAGUGUUCUACAGUUCCAGAACGUCCGGAGGGUGGUGCAGAUCUUCCGAAUAAUGCGUAUUCUGCGUAUUCUGAAGCUAGCCAGGCAUUCCACAGGGCUCCAGUCUCUGGGCUUCACCCUGAGGAGGAGUUACAACGAGCUGGGCCUGCUCAUCCUCUUCUUGGCCAUGGGCAUCAUGAUCUUCUCCAGUCUUGUCUUCUUCGCUGAGAAGGACGAAGAGGACACUAAGUUCAAAAGCAUCCCGGCCUCCUUCUGGUGGGCCACCAUUACUAUGACUACGGUGGGGUAUGGCGACAUAUACCCAAAGACUUUAUUGGGCAAGAUUAUUGGGGGUCUGUGCUGCAUAGCUGGAGUGUUGGUGAUAGCCUUGCCCAUCCCCAUCAUCGUCAACAACUUCUCAGAGUUCUACAAGGAGCAGAAGAGGCAAGAAAAGGCCAUCAAGAGGCGGGAGGCCCUGGAGAAAGCCAAGAGAAACGGCAGCAUCGUCUCCAUGAACAUGAAGGAGGCGUUCGCACGUAGCGUUGAGCUCAUGGACGUAGUGGUAGAAAAUAAUGGAGAGAACAUGGAGAAGUUGCAGGGCAACCACCUGUCUCCCAGCUACAGGAAAGGGACUCCCAAGCGGACCACCUCAGAGACGGUUUCCGCCAAGUCCCUGGAGCCCAGCUCACCAGACAAAGCCCGUUCUGGAAGCCCUCAGCACCUCAACGCUCAGAAACUGGAGGAGAUGUACAACAAGAUGGCCAAGACCCAAUCUCAACCUAACCUUAACAACAAGGACAAGAGACCUUUAUCUAAAGCAGCCAAGAAGAGAGAUGAGAUAGAGAUGGGAAGCAUCCCCACGGAGCCUGCCCCAACCACAGAUAUGAGGAGCAUGUCCAGUAUUGACAGCUUCAUGAGCUGCGCUGCCGAUAUCACCGAAAGCGCCCGCUUCUCCCACAGCCCCAGCACCAGUGUACCAGGGAGGGUUAGCGCCAACCCCGUGCUUGAGAUCACCCUGGAGGAUGAGGCCAUGGACGGCCCUCACACUGCUACCAUGUUCCCUCGAGGACGAGGCUCUAACUGCGGCCUCCCUGACAGCCCCCGUGGAAUGCGCUUCAGUAACCCUCUCAAGAACCGCUCACUCAAGGUCAACUUCAAAGGUGGAGGCGCGGACCCCUCCUCCUCCUUCUCAGCACAGGGACCAGGGGGUGGGGCCCUCUCAGAUAGCUCCGCCCUCUCUGACCACUCCUUCAUGAGUCCUGAGGUGUCUGUCUACACCACCGCCAGCAGCAGGACCCCACCCCAUGAGACCCUGAUCCCCACAGUCUUCACAUUCCACGACGCUUCCAUUAGUAAGUUCAUCGACGCUGACACAGACGAGGAGGAGCACCUCCAUGAUGACUCAGGCACCAACCCCUCCCAGAGGCUCCUAGGAAAAGCCAGCCCCAAGCUCAGCUCCCAUAGCAGCCACCACAUUGCAGCCAACCACCUGGAGGGCUCCCAGAGGAUGCUGGCUAAUAGUGUGUUCCCCUUGGAGGGCAGGCCAUGGGGGGGACAGGAGAACCAUGUGCUCUCCCGGGUAGAGAGGAGUUGUUCAAACACCAAUAAUGAGAGCAAGUGAGGCAGGAGGAGGAAAAGGGUAGUAUAGAGAGCACCCAAACAGGAGGACAUGGUGCAAAUACUACAGAGAAAUAAAAGAAAACAUGAACUCUACUCAUACCAGGAGCUGCACCUCUACUCACUUGAGUAAAAGGCACUGAAAACACAUUUGGCGUUUUGUUUUGGUUUGUAACAAAUGCCCAAUAAGUAGAACUUUUGGGACACAGGAAGGAGCUCACUCUUCCUUCCUUUUACUGCUACUUGAGUGCAUAGACUGUCAGGAUGGCAGCAAAAUUACUGAAGGCAUUGGGAAAUGCUACUGUGGGACUGAGAAAGAGAGGGUGCAUUGCUGUGUCCAAAGGGGAUACACAUAACUCUGCAGAGUCAGGUCAUGCACUGAUUUAGCCAUUACUGAAUCAACAUUGUGUUAAGAGAUAUUUAGUUUGUUUUCUUCCUCAAUAAUAAUAAUAAUAUAUGCCAUUUAGCAGACGCUUUUAUCCAAAGCGACUUACAGUCAUGUGUGCAUACAUUCUAUGUAUGGGUGGUCCCGGGGAUCGAACCCACUACCCUGGCGUUACAAGCGCCAUGCUCUACCAACUGAGCUACAGAAGGACCCAAAACUUGCCUUAGUUACAAUAUAUGCGACUGUGUGUAUGCAUAGCAUGUGUGCGUGUGCUUGUAUGUCUGUGAGUGUAUGUUUAUGCAUGAUGAUAGGCAGAUAAACAUACACAUACACACACGGGCAUACAUCAUUUUAUGUAUAUUAUUUUUCCGUUCUUUUCAACAAAAAAAAAAGUAAAUAGCAUAAUUUCUUUGGUCUGUUAUUUUGUGAUGCUGUCUAAGAGGUGAACUUUCAUCCCUGUUGUAAUGGUCAGCCAUUACAGAGGACACAGCCACUGUCAUAUCCUGUCUGUUUCCCCAUUCCCAUCAUGCCCUAUUCCUGGCAUGAGAUAGUGAAAAAUGUGAUGAGUGAUAAAUAUUUUAAAUUCUGUACAGUGUAUUCGUUGUUGUUUUGUUUGUUUACUUAUGUGUUUUUUUUAAGCCGGGUUCCUUUAUGUUUUAAUACUCUCUCAGAUGUGUGGUUGUGGUUGGUUGUCAUGAAUCAUAUCCAAUCACAGUUGCUACUGGGGAGGGGAUAAACAGCAUCAGCCCAUUAUCAGCCUGAAAACGUCAUCCUGGCACAUUUUUGCAAAAAGGUCAAAUGUACCUGAUGUUUUUCUCAAUACAUUGCAGUCAAUGGGAAAUGAUGAAUAUAACAGGGUUGUUGUCUUUCUAAAUACAUUGCAGUCAAUGGGAAAUGAUGAAUGUCACAGGGUUGUUGUCUUUCUAAAUACAUUACAGUCAAUGGGAAAUGAUGAAUGUAACAGGGUUGUUGUCUUUCUCAAUACAUUACAGUCAAUGGGAAAUGAUGAAUGUCACAGGGUUGUUGUCUUUCUCAAUACAUUACAGUCAAUGGGAAAUGAUGAAUGUCACAGGGUUGUUGUCUUUCUCAAUACAUUACAGUCAAUGGGAAAUGAUGAAUGUAACAGGGUUGUUGUCUUUCUAAAUACAUUGCAGUCAAUGGGAAAUGAUGAAUGUCACAGGGUUGUUGUCUUUCUAAAUACAUUGCAGUCAAUGGGAAAUGAUGAAUGUAACAGGGUUGUUGUCUUUCUAAAUACAUUGCAGUCAAUGGGAAAUGAUGAGUGUCACAGUGUUGACAUUUAUCUCAAUACAUUUCAGUCAAUGGGAAAAAGUUUGUGUCACAGGGUUGACAUUUAUCUUAAUAUUUCAUUCAAUGGGAAAAAGUUUGUGUCACAGGGUUGACGUUUAAUUUAAUAUUGCAGUC